AUGGACUUGUCUAGCGUGAUCCGGCCGGCGCUUCACCGGAUCACGUCCACCUUUGCUUCCACCAACAGCAGCUACGGCGGCUUCAUCUCCCGCGUGCUCAGCUUCACCGGCUCCUUCAACGACCGGACCAGCCUGCUGCACGAGCACGACGCCGAGCUCGGGCCCACGCAGACGGAGGAGACCCGCUCCGCUCCUCCGCCGCCGCAAGCACCCGAGGCGGCGGCGCUUGCUGCUUCAUCGGUCACGACCGCGGCCGGCCACCCGUUCGACAUCGAGGCGGGGACGACGCCGCUGGCCCCCACCGGUACCGCCCCCGAAGGACCGGCGGAGGGCCAGGAGGAGCCCGCUGCCACCGAGGUCGACGCGGAGUCGAGGCGCGUGGGCAAGAGCGUCCAGACCGUGUGCCUCUUCGCCGCGUCCGCCUCGCUCGUGCUGUUCGCCAACCUCCCCAACAACAAGCAGCAGCCCGGCGGCGCCGCGCCGCCGGCGUCGGCGGCGGUGGGGCUGCACGGCGGAGGAGCCGCCGCCGCCACUCUGCUGUACAGCGCCGACAUGGCGUUCAUCAGCCUCGGCUUCUUCUCGAGCCUGGGCCUGUCCAUGUUCUCGAUCGUGGCGAGGCCCGGCGAGGCGGCGGUGGCAAGGGUGCAGAAGUGGGGGAUGGUGGUGGCCGUGGCGUCCGUGGUCGUGGCCUUCUCGCUGCGCGUGUGCAUGAUGCUCGCUGCCGCUGCGUAG